UCUGCGACUUUAGCUGAGGGUUCGCUCCAGACGCCAUCAUAGGGCGUGAGAUUGAGGCCACAGGUGCAGUGCAAGCUGGAGGACGAUAAACACGGUUCUUAACGCGUAUUUGCGGAAAUGGAUGGUCACAUCAACAUUGAUCAGCCAUCAGGCACCGGGCACGACGCGGCCGAUGGUCGGGGAGCGCGCAAACGCUGGCAAAAGAUACCUCCGGAGCAAACUGGCAAUUCACAUCACCCUUCCUACGGGACAACCGAUUCCGUCCCACAAGUGACAAUACGUGACAGUAACAGCCGUGGCAGGCCGGGCCCCUCGCGGGACGCUGCAAACCCACGUCAACAGCAACAGCAACAGCGGGAACAGGAACAAGCGCUGAAUGAUGAGGAGGGACUCAAAUAUGGAGCACAGCAUGUGAUAAAACUGUUUGUGCCCGUUACGCUGUGCAUGAUGGUUGUGGUGGCCACUAUUAGUUCUAUCAACUUUUACACCAUCAAGGAUGUUUAUUUAGUUUACACUCCUUUCCAUGAGCUGGCCGAUGAUACUGGAACAAAAAUAUGGAAUGCCCUGGCAAACUCGCUCAUCCUAAUGACGGUGAUUGUCAUAAUGACGAUAUUGCUGAUUGUGCUCUACAAGCAUCGCUGCUAUAAGGUCAUUCACGGCUGGCUGAUCCUUUCGUCGCUGCUGCUGCUGUUCCUCUUCAGUGGGCUGUACCUCUUCGAGGUCCUUCGUGCGUAUAACAUCCCGAUGGACUGGUUUACGGCGGGCUUGAUGGUGUGGAACUUUGGUGUGGUGGGCAUGAUCUCGAUCCACUGGCACGGACCAUUGCGCUUACAACAGGGUUACCUCAUAUUCGUUGCUGCGUUGAUGGCACUGGUAUUCAUCAAGUAUCUGCCAGAAUGGACUACCUGGGUGGUACUGGCUGUGAUAUCAAUCUGGGAUCUGAUUGCAGUACUUACUCCGAAGGGCCCCCUCCGAAUAUUGGUCGAAACAGCUCAAGAGCGAAAUGAGCAGAUUUUUCCAGCCCUUAUCUAUUCAUCUACCAUUAUGUAUACAUACUUGGGAACGCACACAGACCCCGAACGCCCCGCAUCGCUUUCGGGCGAACGGGCCAUUGGUACGGGAGGUGGCGGAACUGGCGGAACUGGCGGAAGUAACAACAGGCCUACGGUUGGCUACGGAGCGGUCGAAGGUACGCCUCUGGACAACUUACGCAAUGAUAGAACGCUUGGCUUACCGAUGGACCAAACGGCCGGAUUCACGGAAGAUUGGGUCGCUCGAAGAUCGGAACGAGCAACGCGUCUUCUUCAAACUGAAGUACAAGCAAACAUGGCCAAUAAUCCAUCCAGGCCCGAGUAUCGAACGGUUACAGCAGAAACGAAUAGCUCUCAACAGCAGAGUAUAGCGAUUUAUGCUGACCAGGAAGAAAGGGGUAUAAAGUUGGGAUUGGGCGAUUUUAUCUUCUACUCCGUCCUUGUUGGUAAGGCUUCCAGCUAUGGUGAUUGGAAUACGACCAUUGCUUGCUUUGUUGCUAUUUUGGUGGGACUCUGCCUCACGCUGCUGUUGCUUGCCAUCUUCCGGAAGGCCUUGCCGGCGCUUCCAAUUUCCAUCUUUUUCGGGCUCAUCUUCUGCUUCGUAACCAGCGUUAUUGUGAAACCAUUCACGGAGGCGCUUGCUUCAGAGCAGGUUUACAUUUAGUUGCUACACUGGCAGAAUCGACAAUUCCAAAUACGCCGAAACCCUUUGCGGGCGGUGUGGCCAGCGUGGGCAUGCUCUAGCAUAUCUAGCUCGUAUAUUUAUAUCAUAACAUUUUAGCGCGUACUAAAUGAACCAACGUCAGCAAAUUGUCGCCCAAUUAGUUAAAUUUGAUCAAGAAAAUCAGUACAGGAGACCGUGUUUUCGAUGGUCUGAUAUUUGAUGUUGUCCAAAGGGCAAACAAACUUUUACAUCACCCUCCUGCAUUUGGCCGAUGGGCGGUACAAGCAUCAUUCUCCCAUCGUUCGUCUAUUUCUGUACCCCGUAUAUCAAGCUGUAGUGUUUUUACAUCCAUCUCUAUGUUGUGGACGCCACUCCGCUUUUUGAUGUCAUCACCACACAUUCGAGAUCUACAAUAUCGGGCAGAAAACUCCGCAUUCCAAUUCGAACGGUUUUCUUUGUGAAUUGUUGCGGAAAUUUGUAGCACCGGCGGUUGAUAACAUAGCGUAUAGAAAAUUUCAUUUUUAUAGUAUUCUACAACUGUGAAACGAUAACUACACUGACUGGGAAAUAAAAUGGCUUAUUUGUGAUCUGUA